AUGGCUUUCGCUCUGCUUUCACUUUUCACUUUCUGCUGUCUGCUCAGGCUCGCCAGUGUCGCGCACGCAGUCGCACUGACGACGGCCAUAGGGGCCAAUGAGCGGCUAUGUUUCUAUGCCGAUGUGGACAAGGCGGGAGAGAAGAUUGGGUUCUACUAUGCGGUACAAGCUGGCGGCUCGUUCGACAUCGACUUUGAGGUCAAAGACCCGAACGAGAAGGUCAUCCUGGACGGGUCCAGAGAACGACAGGGCGACUACGUACUCACCGCAAAUACCAUCGGCGAAUACUCGUUCUGCUUCGAAAAUGACAUGUCGACGCUCACAGAGAAGCUAAUUGAUUUCGACAUCAUGGUCGAGAGCGAGCCGAGGAGAGAGCCUCCAGCGAAGCCAGGCCAGAUAUCCGAACAUACGAGCGCGUUGGAGGAGAGCAUAUUUAGGCUGAGCGGAAUGUUGCAGAACAUCAAGAGGACUCAGAAAUACUUCCAUACUCGAGAAAACAGAGGCUUUGACCUCGUGAAAUCAACACAGAGCCGUCUCUUCUGGUACGCAGUCCUAGAAUGUGCAGGCAUCAUUGGCAUGGCUGUCUUGCAAGUAUAUGUCCUGCAAACAUUCUUCACGAAGACAGGGCGCCGUUAUAAAGUCUAGC